UCCCCCGUCUACCUAAGUGGUUGAGACAAAAAAAGGAGUAUCGAUCAACAUAGCAUAGCUAUGUAAAAACCUUAAAAAACAAGAUCACAAGCUCAAGAAGUUUUUAUCGAGAACCCUUCCAAUUUAUUGAUUUCCUCUCAAAUUUGACAUCUACGGCGAGGGAUAAAUAGGGUUGAUUUCCCAGUCUCUCUCGACGCUCCUCCUUCCCUCCAUCCAAGACCACGAAUCUCUCUCCUUAAGCCCCUCAAAGCAAGCGCUAGAUAAUGCCAGCUUCAUCAGAGGCGCGGUCCAAGUGGAAGAAAAGGAAGCCACUGAUUUCUCGAAAGCCGAGGCCUCAGCAAGAAGACGAAGGGUUUGAGGACGAGGAUGAGGAGGAAGAACAGGACCACCAGCAGCAGCAGGAAAUUGAUGAGGACCAUCAAAACCCUAACCCUUCUAUGGAUCGGAUCGCCUCUGCCAAGGAGAGUGAGCUGCUUGCGGAGGGCGGGGACAGAAUCUCCGAGUUCCCUUUGGUCAUCAGGCAUGCCGUCAGGGCUCUCCAUUCAUCAGUGCUAGACAUGGUUUCCUUGGAAAUGGCCGCCCAAAGUGGAGAGAGCAGGAGCCAGGGUCAGACCAGGGUGGUUUUGGAGAAUAUUUCCUACGGGCAGCUUCAGGCAACCUCAGCUGUACCAGCGGAUAGUCCGGCCUUGGGGCUGGAUGAACCAGGAGGAGAUGCAAGUGCAAGCGGCUCCUAUGUCAUUACACCUCCACAUAUAAUGCCCGGCAGUGGUGUGAUUAAGCGGUUUGGAAAUGCUGGUCGCGUUCAUGUUGUCCCAAUGCAUGCAGACUGGUUUUCCCCAAAUAGUGUACACAGGUUGGAAAGGCAAGUGGUCCCACAUUUUUUCUCUGGGAAAUCAACUGAUUAUACACCAGAAAAAUACAUGGAAUGCAGAAAUCAAAUUGUUGCAAAUUAUAUGGAGAGUCCCGAAAAGUACCUAUCUGUGGCUGAUUGUCAGGAGAUAGUUAAUGGUGUUAGUGUUGAAGAUAUAACUAGAAUUGUUCGGUUUCUUGAUCAUUGGGGAAUAAUCAAUUACUGUGCUAAUCGCCCUACACUCGAGUUGAAUAAGGAUGGGGCAUGCUUAUAUGAUGAUGCAAACGGCGAACUAUGUGUUCCUUCGGAAGCUUUGAAGUCUAUUGAUAGUUUGAUCCGUUUUGACAAGCCUAAAUGUCGGCUCAGGGCAAAAUAUGUUUAUCCAGAGCUUGGUUGUAACCCUGAUAAUGAAUCUGACAUUGAUAGUACUAUCCGGGAGCAAUUCUCUGAAAACAGGUGCAACUGCUGUUCACGGCCUGUUUCAGUUAUGUACUAUCAAUCACAGAAGGAGGCCGAGGUGCUAAUGUGUUUGGAUUGCUUCCAUGAGGGAAGAUUUGUUAUUGGACACUCUAGCCUGGAUUUUGUCAAGGUCAGCUCUAUGAAAGAUUAUGGAGAUCAGGAUGGAGAAACUUGGACUGACCAAGAAACACUGCUGCUUCUGGAGGGGGUGCAACUCUAUAAUGAAAAAUGGGUCCAAAUUGCAGAACAUGUUGGUUCUAAGUCUAAAGCGCAGUGCAUUCUCCAAUUUGUUCGCCUACCUCUUGAUGGCAUGCAACUUGAUAAUAUUGAGGUUCCAAGCACAUCUAGAUCCUUAGGUUCUUGCCCUGGGGAAGAUAACCAAGAAUCCCAUUCCUACUCAAAUGUCAAUAAUACAGGGAAAACUAUCAAUUUGGUCUUUGUACUAUCAUGGAAACGUCAAUUAAGUUCUCGUACUUUUAAAAAAAUCAAUCAAAUCCCCAAACUUUGAAAAAACGUUUAAUUGAGUCCAUUAGCAGGUUACCCGCCACGUCAGCAAGUCACCUGUGGUCCUGGCACCCAUGUGGCAGCCCAGUCAACAGUGACUUUGCUGACAUUAGGCACACGUGGAAGCCAAGUCAACCAUUUCCCGAUGACGUGGCACACAGGUGGACUGUCACGUGUGCACCACAUUAGCGGGUGCCUGAUGACAUGGUAGGUAGCCUGCUAAGUGACUCAAUUGAGCGUUUUUUCAAAGUUCAGGGAUUUGAUUGUUUUUUAGAAAUAUGAGGACAUUGAUUGAUGUUUUCGUGAUAGUACGAGGAUCAAAUUGACAGUUUCCCCUUUUUUUAAUAUCCUGAUGUAGGGUCAAGUUUGCAAGGUCUUGAUUCUGAUGACAAAUUUCCUUUUGCACAUUGUGGAAACCCAAUCAUGGCCCUGGUUGCCUUUCUGGCAUCUGCAGUAGGACCAAGAGUUGCUGCAUCGUGUGCCCAUGCAUCUUUGGCAGCUUUAUCCGAUGAUGAUAACUUAAUUGAACCUGCAAAUAGUGGUCAAGUUGAUGGGUCUAGAUCAAAUAAUGGAGUAACGGUAGGAACAAUGCAUGGUAGGGAAGGCAAUUCUUGUGGAGACUUGUCAAACGCCAAUCAGUGCAAAGGCAAAGGAACUGCACCUUUACUCAAUGUAAAAGUCAAAGCUGCUGCCAAGUUUGGCCUUGCUGCAGCAUCUCUGAAGGCUAAGCUUUUUGCCGAUCAUGAAGAACGCGAGAUUCAAAGACUGUCUGCUAAUAUUGUAAAUCAUCAGUUAAAGAGAUUGGAGCUAAAGCUGAAGCAGUUUGCUGAAGUUGAGACAUUGUUGAUGAGGGAAUGUGAACAGAUAGAAAGGACAAGACAACGGAUUGCUGUGGAGCGCAAUAUAUUGAUUUCACAAUUUGGAUCACCUAUGGCGUCCCGUCCUAUGGGUCUAUCAGGUGUUGGGACAUCAAUGAUGAAAAACAACAAUGUGAGCACCAGGCAACCUGUUGUUACAGGUUCUCAACAACCACCACCUCCUUUCAUUUCCGGUUAUGGCAAUAACCAACCAAUCCAUCCCCAUAUGCCGUACAUGCCACAACAAGGGAUGUAUGGGCUUGGGCCGCGGUUGCCACUUUCAGCUAUACACCCAUCCCCUUCACCUCCUAAUGCUAAUGUCAUGUUCAGCGCCUCAUCUAAUUCCCAGCCAGCAGUCCUCGGCCAUUCUAUGCUUAGACCCGCAUCUGUGAGUAAACCUGGCUUAGGCUAACUUACCAUAAGUGGCUAGGCACUGGCAUUUCAUGGGAUGGUUUAUAACAAUUGUUACCCUUCGAGCUAUGAUUGGGCUUGAUGAAGUUGGGGGCUACAGUGGCUUGCAUGUUUUUCGCCAACUUAGUAUAUUGCUGUGGGACUUGAUACGUUUUAUGUAUUGAUGAGUAGUAGUUUUGUAUGGCAACUGCAUGCCAAGUCUCUUGUAAUUUGUCCACACAUCCAGUGAGUUUACUCUACAACUAGGUAAAACUAGAUUUUGUGUUAAGCUGUACAGGUAAAUUAAUAGAGGAAAUUAAAGCUGAAAAUAGAGUUUCUUUGUCGUGCACAUGCUCGACAGAAAUUUGAUGAUAUAAGUUAAUGCCUUUAGGCUUUGAUUAUUAUUCUAUAGGAAAUUGAGAUUAUUGUAUAA